GUGUUACUUUUUCAUACAGAAGUCAUUAAAAAAGUCUUACUGUCAGCAUGUUUAAUGAUUUAUCAGUGGGUCAUUUUGGUGCAGACUGGUGGGAGAGACUUUAUUUUGACCUGAGAGUAAAGGCAGGUUAUGUAAAUCAAAUAUAGAUAAGGGUUUGACUCCAAAUAGCACCCACAGUGUUCUGAAUCUAUCGGAUGAUGCAUUUGCGUAACUUGAGCGCUCAACCCACCCUCCUGACAUGUAUAAAUUCAAUUCUGAGCCCAUCUGUCUCUGCACUGCACACGGCUUCCCACUAUCCACCACCACUACCACUACCGACACCACAUCCGACCGGGAUCAUGCAGUCCGCCGAACCCAAAUUCAACAAAAGCAGCUUACUCCUGGCUCUGAGACGCUACAGCACCGUCGUCAGUGACAUGGAGCAGACCAUUCUCCUGCCGAGCCUGCUACGAGACGUGCCCUCUGAUGAGCUGUGGAACUGUGAGGCAGCAGAGGAGUCCUGCGGUGACCUCUAUGACAACUACCUAACACUGAAGGCCAUAAGGAACGCAGUGGAGAGCGGACUCAUCUCCCUGGACGACCACAAGACAAAGAACAACGCGGCUCUCCACAAGACUCUGGAGCCUCUGUUGGACCGGGACGCUGAAGCCCUUUUCCACUUUCACCUGACAGGACUGUUCUCUGUGAUGAGAGACCUCACCCAGAAGACUCAGACGCUCACUGAGAAAUACAAGGACAUCAUCGGAAUAUCAAAUUAGAACAGAUGUAAGAUGUGUGGACAUGAAAAACACCUGGACAUCUCAUAUCUUAACUGUUUACAGUCAAGAAAAUGCAAUAAACAUGCAUUA